GUGUUGCUGUUCUCUGUCGGUGUCCCACCUCCUCCGAACCUCAGCAGCGAGACGUGCCGCCACUAGAUCGACUGGGACUUCGCCGUAUUUGCUAGCUUCGCUGCCCCCCAGUCAUACACAGCGCGAUUACACUGCUGUGUGCUUGAAAAAAAGGGCGGCAUGACAUCCUCGUCUUCCCCGUUGGAGAACCGACGAAAGCGGGGACGCCAAGACGUUGGCGCAGGCAAGACUGAAGACCUCUCGAGUUUUCCCCCCACAGAACCAUCACGCGAAGCGAGGAUCGCCUGGAACGACGAUUUCCCGCGAAACUUCUUUGUGUGUGACAAGAUAGGGGAAGGUUCUUUCGGGACGGUUUGGACUGCUAGACGCCUCCACAGGGAAGGUGGCAAGCAACGCGGGCGUCACGGCGGAGACUCGAGGGGAGAAGAGGAGAGGGACCAGGAGCUUGUUGCGCUGAAGAGGAUCAAUCCGACGUGCUCGCCUUCGAGAAUCUUAAACGAAUUCAACCAGAUGCGGACGCUAGGGGGAGGUGGCCACAACGUGAUCGAAGUGCAAGGAGUCGCCCGAACUCCCGGCGGCGUGUUCGCCCUGGUGAUGCCCUUCUUCGAGCAUGACGACUUCCGGCAGGUGAUGAAGACGCUCACCCUGUCCGGGGUUGCGGUGUACCUCAAGUCGCUCCUCACGGCCCUGGCGCACGUCCACGCCGAGGGGGUCAUCCACAGGGACGUCAAGCCCCGCAACUUCAUGUACAGUGCUAGGACUGGGCAAGGGUACCUCAUUGAUUUUGGCCUUGCCGAGCCAGCGGAGAAGUGGAGAAGCAGGUCGGCGGCCCUGGCCAAGCACAGGGACAAGAGGGCGGCGCGUGGCGGCAAACACAACCACGCCCACCAGAGACACCCCACUCAGACCACGAGCCGCACGACCGGAGACCAGGGGAAACGGCCCAGCAGCAGCAGCAGCAGCAGCAGCAAUCGAAUAGCCCCGGGCGCCGCCGAGGUUAACGCCAGCGAUCGAGCUGCUCCUGCUCUCGAUCGGGAAAAGGGGGAUCGUGCGAAGCUGCUGAGGAAGGCGGAGAGGGGGGGUACAACCGGUUUUCGCGCCCCGGAGAUUCUGUGGCACUGCAGAGAUCAGGAGCCAGCUGUUGAUGUUUGGUCCGCGGGGGUUAUCCUGCUGUGCUUGCUAUCUCGCAGGUACCCUGUUUUCCCCUCCGCAGACACCGAUGAGAUGGCGCUGGUGCAGAUCGCACAGCUGCUGGGGGGCUCCGAAGAGCUCGUGAAGGCUGCCCGCGGCAGUGGGAGGUGCCACAUCACGGAGUUCCCUUCUUCGCAGCUACAGCAGCAGCGUGGCGGUGGCGGUGGCGGCAACAGCCGCUGGGGCAGUGAUGGUGGUCGUAGUUCGCGGUUGGAAGAGUUGUGCGCCCCCUUGCUGUGCGACGGUGCGGCGGCGGCGUGCAGCGAGGAGGAAGUGAACGCACGAGCGGACGCCUUGGAGCUGCUGAAGGGGAUGCUGAAGGUGGACCCGAGAGAGCGGCUGUCUGCCAAGGAUGCUCUCGUGCACCCUUUCGUGGCGGAAGCAUGA